GCGGCCGCCCCCGCGCCGUCGCCCGCGCCCACCGGCCCGAUGUGGCUGCAGCAGCGGCUGAAGGGGCUGCCGGGACUGCUGUCGAGCAGCUGGGCCCGCCGCCUCCUUGGUCUGCUCGGACUCGUGCUGCUGCUGCUUUGGUUCGCGGGCUCCGGGGCGCGGCGGGCGGCGGGCGGCCUGCAUCUGCCGUCUUGGGCCCGCGGCGAGCCGGGCGCCGCCGAGCCCUCCGCCUGCCUGGAGGCGGCCACUCGCGCCUGGCGCGGCCUGCGGGAGCGGGGCGAGGCCGUUCCGCUGGGCCCCGGAGUGCCCGCCAUGGUGGGCAACGGCUUCCUGGCGCUGGACGUGGCCGCCAACCGGCUGUGGGUGACCCCGGGGGAGCGGGAGCCCGCCGUGGCGCCGGACUUCGCUCCCUGGGUGCAGCUGCGCCCGCUGAACGUGCUGGCCGAGGCGGGCGAGGCGGUGCUGCUGCUGCGGGAGGGGCUGCUGCGCCGGGUGCGCUGCCUGCAGCUCGGGGCUCCGGGCCCCGGCCCUGCCGCCGCCGCAGGCGGGGGUCCUGCCUCUGUCUCCGGCCUCUCCGCCGGCGCCGGCCGCGACUGCGUCCUGUUGCAGGAGGACUUCCUGGCGCACCGGGGCCGACCCCACGUCUAUCUGCAGCGCAUCCAGCUCAACAACCCCACGGAGCGUGUGGCCGCGCUGCAGAUUGUGGGCACCACUGCCGGCCCGCUCCCCAAGGCCUUCACUAGUACCCUGGAGAAGGUCGGAGACCAUCAGUUCCUCCUCUACUCCGGCCGAUCCACCCUCUCUCCCGCGGGCCAAGUGCACCUGGUCGUGAUAGCCGGCAAGAAGCUUGUGAACCGGCUCCAGGUGGCUCCCAGGUCGCAGCUGGACGAGACGGUGCUGUGGGUUGUGCACAUCUCGGACCCCAUGAGUCCCCAGGUGCUCAAAAGCAGAGCAGCCAAGGAGCUCAAGGUCCUCCAGGACUUGGCCCGGAAGGAAAUGCUGGAGCUCUUGGAAAUGCCAGCGGCUGAGCUGCUUCAGGACCACCAGCACCUCUGGGCUCAGCUCUUCAGCCCAGGGGUGGAAAUGAAGAAGAUCACAGAUGCCCACACACCGUCCGGCCUGACCGUGAACCUGACGCUGUACUACAUGCUGUCCUGCUCGCCAGCCCCACUGCUCAGCCCUUCCCUGAGCCGCCGGGAGCGAGAGCAGAUGGAGGCAACGCUCAGCUAUGAAGACCACUGCUUCAGCGGCCACGCCACCAUGCAUGCCGAGAACCUGUGGCCUGGCCAGCUGGGCUCAGUGCAGCAGAUCCUGCAGCUCUCUGACCUGUGGAGGCUGACACUCCAGAAGCGCGGCUGCAAGGGGCUGGUGAAGGCGGGCGCACCGGGCAUCCUGCAGGGCAUGGUGCUCAGCUUCGGGGGGCUACAGUUCACCGAGAACCACCUGCAGUUCCAGGCCGACCCAGACGUGCUGCACAACAGCUACGCACUGCAUGGCAUCCGCUACAAGAACGACCACCUCGACCUGGCCGUGCUGGCGGACGCCGAGGGCAGGCCCUACCUGCACCUGGCCGUGGAGGCCAGAGGGCAGCCCGGCAAAAUCUACGCCUGCGAGGCAGGCUGCCUGCAGGAGCCUGUGGAGCUGACUGCGGCACCCGGCGGCCACAUCUUCUCCAUCAUGGUGACGCAGCCCAUCACCCCACUGCUCUACAUCUCCACUGACCUCACGCACCUGCAGGACCUGCGGCACACACUGCACCUCAAGGCCAUCCUGGCCCACGAUGAGCACAUGGCCCAGCAGGAUCCCGGGCUGCCCUUCCUCUUCUGGUUCAGCGUGGCCUCCCUCAUCACCCUCUUCCACCUCUUUCUCUUCAAGCUCAUCUACAACGAGUACUGUGGGCCUGGAGCCAAGCCCCUCUUCAGGAGCAAGGACGAUCCCAGUGUCUGAGGGAGCCGGGCCCCUACCGGCAGCCACCAUUUGCACAGACAGCACUGGGAGCCCCAUUGCUGCGAGCGGGGUCCUGUGGAGCACCCACCCUUUGUGCCUUGUCGGGGACAGUGAUGCCGAAGUGCUGGUGGGCGCCAGAGUUGGCUUUGGAAGGACGAGUGCUGUGUGGGGAGGAGCCUGGCCUGCCCGACAGAGUGAACAACUGAUUGGGAAAAUGCUUGAAAUCGAACUCCCUCCUUCCACUCCCCCUUUCUCCUGUCCCAGGAAACAGCCCCUCUGUUUUUUUGUUUUUUUGGGUUUUUUUGGUGCUGGGGAUCGAACUCAGGUCCUUGCGCUUGCACAGCAGGCGGCGAAACCCCUGAGCUAAAUCCCCGGCCUCACAGCCCCUCCUGUAAAGACUCUCCUUUAGGAAAUUUGUGUUCUUUUCCUCAUUCAAUGUGUUCUUUCAUGAAUAGAUUUCUAAUUUAUUUUAGUUGGGAUCUCGCAGUGAACGCUGGCAGAGAUGCCCGGCCGUGGCGUGGCCUUGGGCACAGUGCCCGCUGUCACCUGGGUCUGCUCUGCCCGCUGAUCCCUGUCCUGAGCCCGUGGGUGUCUGUGGUUUUGUACUCUCGGGCUUUGGGGUGUUUAACUUCUUAGUGGUUGAUGAUUGCUGGGUUUUGAAAUACCAAAGCUUUUUUUCUUCUGUUUUUAAAUAAAGAUCUUUCAGGUUUCCCCGA